UUCUUUAUUUACGAGCCAAAGCAAGUGUACAUAUGUUGAAAUGAAAGCUCAAUGUUGGUCUGCAUCAAACCCUAGGCCUAGUCCCUACACACGAGAUGAAAUCGCGUUAUCGAGAGGGUUAUUCGGUAGCAUUUGUUGGGAUACCGGGUAGCGUUGGUGAGGAUUGGAUCAGGCAGCAUCAUACAGAAUAGGGACAUAGGGUGACGAACCCCUACAGCCUACGUGCUGCUUGUACACCCUGCGCCAGAAAGGACCCCCACUCUCCCUUGUGCUCUCCGGCUUCAUGUCUCAUCCGACCCCCCUCCCCGUUACUCCUGCGCCCCGUUGCAUCGACACCAUCAUUGGUUCACCGGUCCACGCAGCUGCUGCCGAUGUGCUACCGCCGCCGCCGUCGUCGUCACCCUCCGUCUUCCUGCGCCGAUCGUCAGUCAGUCCGUCGUUUGUUCGCCGCGCGUGAGCAACGUGUACCUCGUGUACGUGAUUUUCGGAAGGAAACGAAGCACCGUAGCCGCCCACUCAAUCCUCCUCCACUUCCGUCGUCGUUAUCCGAAGGGUCGACCGUCCUCGGCAUCGCUCGUGUGCCUCCGUUACUAUCGCCAUUUUGUUACUCAACUCUCGCAUGUUUGUCGACUCUCGAGGCCGGAGACAGUUCUGUGCAACCGGCACUCAGCACUCGAGGUGAUACGAUACAGAUGUCAUAGCUGGUGGGAAAUCCGAAUACAAGGACCAAAAUUGUACUAUUAUUCGGGGACCAAAACUUUGGAGGAUUGGAGAACCGAUUUAGGGGAGAGAAGCUCCAGCCGGUUGCUCCCUAACCCUUGACGAGAGGGAGCACGGAGACUGGGGUACCAAUCUACCCCCUCCAUAAGUCUCUCCCCACUUGCCACUUUCGGACGAAGAGAAAGACUUUUCGCCCCUGGCGAAUCACUCGCAGGGCGGUACCGGUGUUCGCCCUUUCGACCUCUGGCGGUCAAGAUUCAAGAAUCGUUUCUGUUGACGCGAAGUCCUCGAGUCGAACGCAUCGUUUAUCGAGAUCGGAGGUGAUUCGCGUUUUCACAUGUAACCUACCAGAGUGCCAAAGAGGCACAACGUCCAAUAGUAACUAAGGAAUUUUUAUUCUUACAGUAAAGUGAGACCGAGUCGGAAAAAAUAUUGCAACGUGACAAAAAGUGAUUUAUCGACGAUUUUGUGGAUAUUGAGGAAGAGGAACCUUGUUUUGCUAAAAGGAAUCUAACUAGUGUUUUGUGAUGUGAAUUGUGAGAGGUUUAAAAGUGGCGAUAUCGACGCUUUUUGCAAGAGAGGGGAGAAUGAGAAGGGCGAGAGGCAGAAGAAGAGAGUGAAGAGUGACCUUGAGACACGACAGAAUAGUGAGAAAAGUCUUCCGUGAACCAAAUGAUAUGCCAAGAAAAACAGACUGCAGUCGGGACCAAGAAAGUGAAACCAAAGCGAGCUUCCAAAGCACAACCGAGUCGAGAGACACAAUCAGACCGGAGAUAACCUCUAAUCAGGGAUACCAAUAUUGAUAAUCAACGAUACCAAGAAGAGAGAUAAAGACGUGAUUGUGAUAAACAAGCAGAAGACCCAAAGCCAACGACAAUGCCUCAAUGUGCCGUAGCUACAUGUAGAAAUAGUCAUCGACGAACUCGGGGUCGACGGAUUCGGUACCAUCGAUUCCCGCAGAUACCGGAAGUGCGCUCACUAUGGGUGCGCGCUUGUGGCCGCGCACCCCUUCCAAACGGAGAGAUUCCAUUCAACAUCCAGACGGCGCGCAUCUGCUCCCUCCACUUCACCAAUGAUUCAUACGAGAAGGACAUGGAGCACCUUGUACUUGGACUUCCGGUGCGCAGUAGGUUGCGCCGUGGGGCGGUACCAACGGACGAAGUGCCGGUAAGCGUGGAGCCGGUCACCAAGAUGCUCGUUGAAGAAUCAAGACGAUCGGUAUUGAGGGUCGCGCAUGCCAAAAUGCUCUCUGGAAGGAGGACCAAUGGCGUCAACGGAAAACAGCAGAAGAACAAACCUAAACACAAACCUCAGCGCAAACCUCAGCUUUCCAGCAUCAAAGAUGAACAAGAGAUAGAUUGCAUACAAGAUAUGAACAUUCUACAGGCCCUCGGUCUUAAACCCUGCUUGAACAAGAUGCACGCAAUUGAUGGUAACGGGGCCAAUGUGAAGAAGGUGGAAUCUGCCGAGAAGAAGGAGGAGGAGGACCAUUCAAGGCAGUCUCCACAGGUACCACAGAGUCAGCAAAAUGGAGCAGCUCUUCCAGAAGAAACUGCAGCAGCUGCAGCUGAUCGUUUGCAAUCUUCCGUUGUAAAGCAAGAAUCUUACGCAGAAACUCCUAGCGAUCCCACCAAGAAAUCCACAACUGUUACUGCACUGCCUAAACAACAAGAAGACUCGAGGACGUUCAGGUCAGAUGACAGAGGAAGUAGAAAACGACGGUCGACUGAAGAAGCUCUUUCAACUAACGGUAGUACAAACUCGAAGAAAAUCUGUAUAGAUCAGCGGCAACAAUUGGUUUCUUCCCUCAUCACCGGAUACGAAAAUGCCACCGCUGAAGAACUGGCAUCGAGGGCAGAUGUACUCAGAGCUGAACUUCAGGCCCUCGAUGAAUUGGCGCGAGCAGCAGAAAUGGAAUGGAAUAGGGUCCUCACCAUGAGAAAAUUAAAGGAGGAAGCCUAUCUCAGGAUCGAGAGGAGAAGACAAGUUAUUAAUUUCAUGGAAGGAAGCGAUAAACUCACAAUAAAUGAGAUUCUUCCUCCAACUUUGGAUUCGGAUUGGGAAAGCAGAAAAAGUGCGAGUAAUUUGUCGAUAAAGGAAAAGUGUGGAUUCCCCAUGAGGGAUGAACAUGGGGAGGGUAUUUCCCAAGAUAAUUCUGGACUCUAUAAAUCUGAGAAGGUCUCGAAGUCGCUUUUGCAGCAGCAACACCCUGUUCAGAAUGCACAUCACAGGCAGACUGCAGAUGCCAGAAAACAGGCGGACGCACUCAUUGAAAACAGACAAAUUGGAGAGGGACGACAGGGUCCUAUUGUUGAUGUCAGGUCCAUCAUUGCUGACUAUAGAUUGCGACAUCCUGAAACUGUUCCUAGGAGUAGUGAUCACGAUUGCAGGGGCCGAAGGAUGAGAAACAACGUCAACAUCGGCCUUGGAGCCGGAGGGGCAAUUAUAGAAACGGGUCAAAAUACAGACUCACGUCCUUCCAGCACCGACUCCUGCAAAAGCAACUCGAACGUCGAUCCCAACAAUUCCAUGAGUUUCAAGGAUGUCCUCGUGCAAUUUGCGAAACUAAGUCAGCAACAAGGUGAACCGGUGAAGACGCCGCAGAAUUAUCCGGACGUAACGCUUCAUCCAGUCGCUGUUGCGCCGACGAUUCAGAGUCCGGCACCUCAACAAACGGGGUCACUUCUUCACGGAAUACUUACCAAAGCACAAUCGCCAAGACCAACGACCUUUUCGCCAACAUUGGCGAGGCUGCUUACGGCUCCAGAACGAGAACGAAGUACUCCCGCGACGACUGUCACAUCGCACCCGAAUUCCACUACUCAGCGUAUUCUUCAAGCCUAUCACGAGUCUAAUCCGGUCUCCAUUAGCGACCUUCUAUCCUCGUCAAAGGCUCGAACGGAAAUUACAAUUACACCAGUUGGAAAUUCACCGGCGCAAUCUCAUGUCAACAAUAUGAUGCAUGUGGACGAUGUGGAAGAAGAAACGGCAAUGAUGGACGAGAGAGAAUCACGGGUUUCUGGAAAAGUUGUGGAGGACAGAGAUGUUUCCCCGCGUUGUCAAGGCUGUCACGAACGCACUGCACAAUAUGUGUGUGCGGGUUGUGGAAAUCAGUGGUACUGCAGUCCUGAAUGUCAGGCCGCCGCUUGGGACGAACACUCGGAGGUUUGUUCAGGCUAGGAAAAGGCUCGGCCUCGUUCAAGUCGCGUGAAAACGAAAAAUAAUUCUAGUCAAGAAACAUAAUAUAAACGCGAGCUUCACGGUAAAACAAGAGAACGAGUCCGGGAAAAGUCAACUUUUUGAACAGCCUUUUGUAUUUAAAAGUGACAAAACCACAAGAUUUGUUCAAUGAGAGUCAAAGCAUAUGUAAAUUCGAUUUUCUCGACCUUGAAUAGUAGAUGACAGUCAGAAACUUAAAGGUUAUCGUAACUCCUAUAAACUGAGCCUUUCGAAAAUACCGCAAGUCAUUUUUGAAAAUUUGGAAAUCCACCUUACAUCAAUUUUUCUACACCUUGAAAUAGAUUUUUUUACAAAUCCUCGAGUUUUCUAGUCUCGUCUCUUCAAACUUAUCGUCUGUCUAAAGCAGCGAAGUUGCAACUCACAGUAUUGACUAGUUCAAUAUUUCGAACUCUCCGAGAUUGUAUAUAAAAAAUUAUCGAAUGUAGUAAAUCAGCUGCUAAGAUCUGUAUAAGUUUACUUCUAGGUCGCUAUAAACAUACAGUUUUGAAAAAAAGCGACUUAUAAAAAAAGUUUUUUCCUGUGAUUUUCAAGACUUUUUCUAAUAAACUGUUAACUUUUUACCAAAGUGUAUGGUUAACACUCGGGUCUUGGAUUAAAAUUUGUACUUCGUUUAGAACCAUUGUGGAUUAAACCACAGAGAAUUUGAAUCAAGGUUUUCGGGGAUGCGUCACGCCUCGUCUAUUAUUUAAAAUCUAAAUUUCAAACUGACGUUCGCUGAUAAGACUGGAAUUUUCGUACAUGAAACCACUAAGCUUGCAUUUUUAAAGUUUUUUCAAAACCCUAGCGUAAGUUUUUCAAAAGCAGAGAUUGCGCGGAUUUCUUGAAAGUCUCCUUUAAUUUGGGACAUUAUAAAAAGUGAGAUUUCUUGUAUUCAAAAAUAUAUCUAGGCUGCUUAGAAACUUAAAAGGCAAAAUUUGCAUCAUCAACUGCAGAAUAGUGAUCGAAUUUAUGAGUUAAGGUACUGUAAGUUGCAACGCUUGUAAAUAAUUUUCUAGAAAUCAGAAAAAAUGUUGAUUAAUGCAAAAAGGCUGUAGAGCCUCUUGAAAAAUCGCGUGCCCUUCUCAAUGAAAAACGCCUGCAAUAAUUUAUUAAGUAAUUGAGUAUCUAAAAAGUAAAAUAAAUAUUUGAUCAAUUUGGGGAAUCGAUAUAAGUUCUUGAGAACAUUUAUUUGUUUCAUAUUCUGGUACGCGAUAAAUUAGAGGGAGUAACUCUACAAAUUUAUAAAUCAAGAUAGGCAGCGCUUCAAAGCGAGAUUGGGUAGUAAAAGGAAUUAAAAUAUAAAUGAAAGAUUGAGAGGAGAAGAUACAUAUAAAAAAGGAAGCUGUAUGUAACAGAUACCAUAUUAUUUGAUACCAUAUUUGUUACCAAUGUGUAUAAAUUUAAAGAUAAUAAGAAAACUUAGUAUUUACUGGUAGGACCUAAGUUUAGAUUUAAGAACUUUUUGUAAACGACCAUUGUUUAGCGGUUACGUGACCGUGUUCUGCGUUGAUUCACAAGCCGGUAGAUUACCUCAGACAAUUUUUUCAGAAGUUAUCUGUAGCCCAAAGUUCCUACAGGCACAUGCGACAUAUUUUUCCCAUUUGCAAAGCGAACCAAAAUAAAGUUUUUAAUGGCAUAA